AAGCUAACUUUAUUUGAUUUUGAAAAGCAGAAUAAAUUAUUAAGCCUCAAAAAAUUAGAGAAAGUAAGCAACACCCUAAAACCAGAUGAAAAAAUAAAUAGUAGCCCCAGAAUUUGUAUAAUCUAGUCAAAAGCAAAGCACAAAUCCUUUCACACAUAUUCCUCGAAUCUAAAAAGAAAAAGGAAGAAACCCAAAGAUAACAUUUUUGUUCCCCAUUUUUUGUUUUGUGUUUCAAUCAGGUUUCCUUACUGACUUCACUGUAAAUACUUGGUAAAAUCAUACUCCAUUGCACCACCACCUUCCGGUUGCAGUUUGCAGUGGCUGUCAGGCGGCAUGGCGGUGUCUAUACAGGCGAAGGGUACUACUGUUUGGGACUGGGUACUGGAGUACACUAAGUCUGCUCAGGAAAAGAACAGUGACCCACUUCUAUGGGCGGUUCAACUCGGUUCUAGCCUUAACUCGGCUGGGGUUUCUUUGCCUUCAAUCGACCUAGCUCACCUCCUUGUCUCCUACAUAUGCUGGGAUAAUCACGUGCCUAUCGCGUGGAAGUUCCUAGAGAAGGCCCUGACUGUCAAAUUCGUUCCUCCUAUGCUCGUUCUCGCCCUGCUCUCUUCCAGGGUCAUUCCAAAUCGUAAGUUUCACCCUGCAGCAUAUCUGCUUUACAUGGAACUGCUUAGGAGACAUGCCUCUGCACUUAAAUGUCAAAUCAGUGGACCAAAUUAUCUAAAGAUUAUGAAAUCAAUAGAUGAUGUUCUUCAUCUUUCCAAGAUAUUUGGUAUUCAAGCAUCCGAACCUGGUCUGGUUCUAGUUGAAUUUGUAUUUUCAAUUGUAUGGCAACUACUUGAUGCAUCAUUGGAUGAUGAAGGGUUACUGGAACUUACUCCAGAAAAGAGAUCAAUAUGGCCUAUUGUAACUCAAGACAUGGAAAUCGAUAAUGCUGAUAACUUUCAUGAAAAGAAAAAUGACCACCAUGAUGUGCUAUAUAAAAGAAAUACUAUGAUGGCUAUUGAGAUUAUUGGGGAGUUCCUGCAAAACAAAGUAACUUCAAGGAUUCUUUUAUUGGCACAAAGAAAUAUUCCAUCACAUUGGGAAGCUUUCAUUCAGCAAUUAAGAGUUCUUUCUGCGAAGUCAGUGAUAUUGAGGAAUUCAAAACAUACAACUCCAGAGGCCGUUUUGCAGUUGACAUCUGAUAUACAUAAAGUUCUAUCUAGGAAAUGUAAAACACCGUCACAACAAGAGUUUCAUCUUCUCAUAGGCUCUAGGUCUCUAACAUCUGCAUCUGGUCGGUGUCACGGGACUAGUCCUUCUGCACAUUGGCUUCCUAUUGACCUGUUUCUUGAGGAUGCUAUGGACAGAUCAGAGGUGGCAGCAACUGGUGCUACUGAAAGACUUACUGGUUUAGUGAAAGCUUUACAGGCUGUCAACAGUACAACAUGGCACGAUACAUUUCUAGGUCUAUGGAUUGCAGCUUUGAGGCUUGUUCAAAGGGAAAGGGACAUUAGUGAGGGUCCUAUGCCUCGCCUUGACACCUGCCUGUGCUUGUUAUUGUCUAUUUCUCCUCUUGCGGUGACUAAUAUUGUGGAGGAAGAGAAAUCUGAAUUGAUCGAUGAAAUUGAUUGCAGCCAAACCACUCAAACAAAAGAAAAACAAGCCCCUGGGAGAUGCCAUAAAGGUUUAAUAUCCAGCUUACAGAUGUUGAAUAAUUACGAGGCUUUACUGACUCCUCCUCAAUCAGUUCGUUCAGUAGCCAAUCAGGCUGCUGCCAAAGCAAUCAUGGUUAUUUCAGGUCUCACUGUUGGUAAUGGAUACUAUGAGUGCAUGAGCAGUAAUGACAUGCCUAUUAAUUGCUCUGGAAAUAUGUGGCAUCUGAUUGUCGAGGCUUGUAUUGCUAGAAAUCUAUUGGACACAUCUGCAUAUGUCUGGCCUGGUUAUGUAAACGCACGUCCAAAUAUACCCCGUAGUGUUCCUAGUCAAGUCCCUGGUUGGUCAUCACUGAUGAAAGGAUCCCCUCUAACUCCAACACUGGUAAAUGCUUUGAUUGCAACUCCAGCUUCCAGCUUAGCAGAGAUAGAGAAAAUAUAUGAAAUUGCAACCAAAGGUUCAAAUGAUGAGAAGAUAUAUGCAGCUAGCAUUCUUUGUGGAGCAUCUCUAGUUCGUGGUUGGAAUAUACAGGAACAUGCCAUUCUCUUCAUUACAAGUUUGUUAUUGCCACCAGUUCCUUCAGAUUAUUCUGAGAGUGAGAGCUAUUUGAUCAGUUAUGCUCCACUUUUGAAUGUUCUUCUUCUUGGAAUAUCAUCUGCAGAUUGUGUCCAGAUCUUAUCUUUACAUGGCAUGGUUCCAAUACUUGCUGGUAUGUUGAUGCCCCUUUGCGAGGUUUUCGGGUCAACUGCUCCCGAUGUUUCAUGGACUCUUCCAACAGGGGAAGAACUAACUAGUCAUGCGGUAUUCACCAAUGCAUUUACACUUUUACUGAGAUUAUGGAGGUUUGAUCAUCCACCUGUUGAACAUGUGAUGAUGGGAGAUGCAACACCGGUGGGAUCCCAACUAAGCCCUGAAUAUCUGUUGUUGGUUCGAAACUCGAAAGUAUCGGAUUUCGGAAAAUCACCCAAGGAUCGUUUGAAAAUGAAAAGGAUGUCGAAAAAUUUAAACCUCACCUUGGAACUCAUAUUUAUGGAUUCCUUUCCCAAGUUGAAAGGCUGGUAUCGUCAGCAUAACAAAUGUAUUGCUUCCACCCUGUCAGGACUUGUUCAAGGGACCACUGUUCAUCAAAUUGUUGAUGCACUCCUCAAUAUGAUGUUCAGUAAGAUAAGCAGGAGUGGUCAGUCUUCUGGAAGCAGUAGCCCUUCUACAUCUGGAGCUGACGAUGUGUCCUUAAUACUAAAUGUGCCCGCAUGGGAUAUCUUGGAAGCCACUCCAUAUGUGCUUGAUGCAGCUCUGACUGCCUGUGCUCAUGGAAGACUCUCGCCCCGUGACCUGGCAACAGGACUCAAACAUCUUGCUGAUUUCCUUCCAGCAACAUUGGCGACCAUUGUUAGCUACUUUUCUGCUGAAGUAACACGAGGUAUAUGGAAGCCGGUUUUUAUGAAUGGAUCAGAUUGGCCAAGUCCAGCUGAAAAUUUAUCCAUCAUCGAGCAGCAAAUUAAAAAAAUUAUAGCUGCCACUGGUGUUGAUGUCCCAAGCCUUACCACAGGGAGGAGCUCUCCAGCUAUGCUUCCUCUUCCCUUGGCUGCCCUUGUUAGUCUAACGAUAACAUAUAAACUCGAUAAAGCCUCGGAACGUUUCCUUGUAUUAAUCGGCCCAGCAUUGAGUUCCCUCGCUGAAGGUUGUCCCUGGCCUUGUAUGCCAAUUAUAGCCUCACUAUGGGCUCUGAAGGUUAAGCGUUGGAACGAUUUCCUUGUGUUUUCUGCUUCUCGUACAGUCUUCCACCACAGUAGCGAUGCUGUGGUUCAGCUUCUUAGGAGUUGCUUCGCCUCUACUCUCGGAUUAAGCCCCUCCACCACUUACAGCAACGGUGGAGUGGGUGCACUCCUUGGCCAUGGAUUUGGCUCUCAUUUCUCCGGGGGAAUGUCUCCAGUUUCCCCAGGGAUUCUUUACUUACGAGUGCAUCGAUCAGUCAGAGAUAUCAUGUUUAUGACCGAAGAAAUCGUUUCUCUUUUAAUGUCUUCAGUAAGAGAUAUUGCGGGUAGCAGGGAGAAACCAAAAAAUACAAAGUUUGGCCUGAGAUAUGGACAAGUUUCUCUUGGUGCUGCAAUGGCUCGUGUCAAACUCGCUGCAUCACUUGGGGCUUCAUUGGUUUGGCUCUCCGGUGGAUUAAGCUUGGUCCAAUCGCUGAUCAAAGAAACACUACCAUCUUGGUUUAUAUCAUCCCAUUCAGCUGACCAGGAUGCAGGGGAACCUGCAGGUAUAGUUGCCAUGCUAGGGGGUUAUGCACUUGCAUACUUUGUAGUGCUUUGUGGUACCUUUGCAUGGGGCGUGGACUCGGCCUCACCGGCAUCGAAACGGAGACCUAAAGUUCUUGGAUCACACUUGGAGUUUCUUGCAAGUGCAGUAGACGGUAAAAUAUCACUCGGAUGCGAUUAUGCGACUUGGCGGGCAUACGUAGUACGGUUCGUGAGCCUGAUGGUAGGUUGCACCCAGAAGUGGAUUUUGGACGUCAAUAUUGACGUCUUGAAAAGGCUGAGCUACGGAUUGAUACGGUGGAACGAGGAAGAACUAGCUAUGGCUUUGCUUGGACUCGGUGGUGUCCGAGCUACGACUGCAGCUGCCGAAUUGAUUAUCGAAAUUGGGGCUUGAAUUCUUGUCUGAAUAUUCCUUACUGCUGGUAAGAAAAUUUGGUUUCCUACUAUUUGAUUCACUACAAGUACAUAUGCACUGCUGAUGUAGAGUUCUGAGGUAAUUUACAUUUCUGCAAGCUACCAAUUUAGUUACCUAACUUUAAUAAAUUUUAUUUUAGACACUAAAAAUAAAAAAAUUACAAAUUGUACAUCAUCGUUAACAA